AUGUUCCCAAAUCAGAUAUUUCAAGCGGGCACAGUGAAGAGCAGCAAUACGAAAAUUAUUUUGUUCUGGAACUUGUUUUACAACCAAACGGACAUGCCAUUUGGUUUUGGUAAAUCCCCGUUCGUCAAAGCAGGUUGCAAAACCAGCAACUGUUUUGCAACCAACGACCGACAUUUAUUUAAUCAAAGCGACGGAAUCAUUAUUCAUGCUGGCAAUUAUGAAGAAAGCGAUUUGCCUAAACAUCGCUUUCCGCACCAAAGAUUCAUAUUCUUCAGUCAGGAUUCACUUUCUGAUGGUUUUCAGCAAUCGUGUUUUUCGACGCCCCAUUUCUGGAACUGGACAAUGAGCUAUCGACGAGACUCUGAUAUUUAUCUUAGUAUGCCCUUUGCUUGGUCUUUGAGGAGGCGAAAUAACGAUUUAUCUGCCAUCGUGAACGAUUUUUCUCAGAAAAAAUGUCUUCAAUCGGCGAAGAAAACUAAACUGAUUGCAUGGUUUAACUCAGAUUGUUCGACGCAGAGCAAGCGAGAAGAAUAUGUUAAAAAGUUAGGCGAGUACAUUCCUGUUGAUAUUUACGGAAAGUGCGGCACACUAGUCAAUUGUUCAUCACGAAACGAUCCUCGUUGCGACGAACGUGUACUACUGGAACAGUACAAGUUUUAUAUCGCUGCAGAGAAUUCCCUCUGUCCCGAUUACAUCACAGGAGAAUUUUACCGUGCUCUUAUCAACAACGUCAUUCCAAUAGUUUAUGGUGGUGCCGAUUACACACAGUACGCUCCUUCUAAUUCGUACAUCAACAUUGCUGACUUUAAAUCGCCUAAGGAUUUGUCCAAGUACCUUCUGUUGCUGAGCAGUAAUGAAGCACUUUACAACAAAUACUUUCAAUGGAAAAAAGAAUAUGAGCUGAAUUGGAAACCCCCUACUGCUGGUUGGUGUGACCUGUGCGAAAAACUUAACGAUCCGACACAGAAGAAUAAAAGCUACGAAAAUCUGUCUAAGUGGUGGCACGAUGAUGUUCCUUGUUUAAAAGGAUCGUCUUUUCUAAGUUUAAUCCAAUCUGAGUAA